GAGAAACCGGCGUUUAACAAUUUUCUAUUUUUAUAAGAAUUGAAUAAUUCUACUUUACUUCUAAUAAAUUCAGGCAGCCUAUCUUUAAACAGAAAUUUCGUAUCGAUGGUAUCGAUACUUUCUCAAUUAAUGGAUAUAAAAAUUCAGUCAUGUUCUAAAAGAAUAUUGCAUCGAUAGCGAUAGCUAUGAAUAUCGAUAAGCCCUUCUUACUGUGUCAUCCUGUACUUCUAUUUUGAUUCAAAAAGCUGCUCGGAACAGGAGCAUAAACGAAAACCCCGUGAACAGUACGGCCAUUUUUUUGUAGUUUUUUUGUUUAUGUUUGUGACAUUUGUGUCAUUCCUGUGUGUUUUGUGUUUAUUUUGUGAGUUAAAUUCAAUUUAAAAGAUCAUGUCUGAAUCUGAUUCAGAAGAUUCUAGGGAAAGAAUUAGAUAUAAAACUGAAAAUACUAGAAACACAAGUGAAAAUUAUGAUGAUGAUAGUAAUCAAAAAGAAAUUAUUGGUCCUUCAUUACCGCCUCACUUGGCCAAAGCCCGAUCUGAAUCUAAAGAUUUUGGUGACAUUGGUCCAGCCUUGCCACCUCAUAUGAUUAAAAAAAGUGAUCAAGAAUUAUCUAUUGGGCCUCAAUUGCCUCCAAAACAAUCAGAUAUGGCUGACAAUGACAAAUCAUUUGGGCCAACUCUACCUCUUCACUUAAGAAAACAGUUUGAGGAAAAAUCUGCUGAAGAUAGUAAUGAAAGUGUUGUUGAAUCAUUUGGUCCAAGUUUACCUCCUCACUUGAAAAAACAACAAGAGGAAAAUUCUAAUGAAGAUAGUAAUAAGGAUGUUGUUAAAUCAUUUGGUCCAAGUUUGCCUGAUCACUUAAGAAAACAACUUCAAUCCCAAUCUGAUGAUGAUUCUGUAGAGUUUGAAGAAGAUGUCUUCGGACCUUUACCUCCCGGUAUGUCUGGGAAUUCUUCCGCAUCAAUAGCUUUGGAAGAAAGAGCUUUGCAAAUGCAAAUAGAAAAAAUCACACCAAAGGAAAAUCCACAAACUGUAAGAGAAUCUUGGAUGCUGGAGUUGCCAGAAGUGAAGGCUGCAAAUUUGGGUUUGGGACCAAGGCAGUUUAGGAAUAAGGCUGGUCCUGAUAUGUCUGAUAGAUCCUCUUGGACCGUCAUUGGUAGUGAAAAGGGCAAACAGAAAAAGAAAGAGAAGCCGUUGGAUUUAAAGGCUGAAGCAGAAUUAAGAGAAUUACAUAAGAGGGACAAGGAGCAAGAAAUACAAGCAAAAAAGCAUAAAAGGAAAUCAAAGAGUUUGGUUCAGAUGCAUGAGGAUAAAAUCAAAAAGCAGAAAAAUGAUAGCCCUGGCACCACUGAAAGAAAGCCUUUCAACCGAGAAACUGAUUUGCAAGUUAAUAAAUUUGAUGAAGCUCAGAAGAAAGCCGUUUUGAAAAAGGCGCAACUACUAGACACUCGAUUUUCUACUGGAAAAUCAAAAUUUCUUUAAAAUUUGAAAAUUGAUUGUCUCAUAUUUAUUCAUGCGACUUUCAGGUUGCCUUCAAUAAAUUAAAACAAAGUCUAGUUUAUUAUUACUGAAUUAAUU